ACACUCUUCCUAGUCUCAUCACAGUGCCUCCUUCCCUUCACUCAGCCCCAAGACUCACCUCACGACACACGAAGAUGCUGCGCUGUGCUGUCCUGCUGUGCCUGGUGGCCGUUGCUGUGGCCCAGGAAAAAUUCUUCGAGGAAUAUUCCAGACAGAAGGCAAUGACUAACUGCGUCGGGGAUGAGCUUUACUACUCCCAUCUGGCCUUCGUCGAGGGCGUGAAGGAGCAGUGUCGCCAGCAGCCCAUCUUCCUCCCCGUCCUGCAGACCCCCACGCCCCCUCCCACCUAUAAUGCUAUUUCGCCCGGCCUUCUGCACCCUCAAGUGGGCUACAACUACCCCGCGCCCCCCACCAUCCUGACGCACGCCCUCCCCACCACGGGCUACCAUGGGGCGGUGCACGGCAAGGCCCGCACGGCCAGGCAAGCGAGUGACCAGCUCUUCCUGAACCGCGACGCCGUGCAGGGCCUCCUGGGGACAGCACACGCCGCCCUCAGCAACUACACGUGUCUCAUGAGGAAGGUGGAGAUUGUGGACGACAACCUCAACAUCCGCCUCGACUCCCUCCAGAGGCAGUACGACCAGGCCCGCCUCGAGCCCACACUGCGUCAAGACCUGCUGGAGGGUGUUGGUCUUUGCUACCAGCUGUCCAGGUGCCUGCCAGUGGAUAAGGUUCAGUCCCCCAUCAUACCCCAGCUCCUCCGCCUCCUCUUCUUCGGUAAGUGCGAGAAACAGCAGCGCACCAAUGCCUGCUUCAAACACGACCUCAGGAGGAACCUCUUCCGCUUCGACCUCAGCGCCCUGCCCGGUGUCAGCCACGAGGAGAAGCUGGAGGUGCUCAAGACCGUGUUCCUCAUGCCGGAGAUCACCCGGGAACUCUCUGGAUUCUAAGAGGCGCAACCCGUGAGACUCGAGAUCGGCACUGGAGGGAAUUGAUGUGGACGACCAGGCUCUGUGUUUGGUCUUACUGCCUCAGGAAUUACACACACACACACACACACACACACACACACACACCACAAAUGAAUUAAUAACUUUUUUUUUUGUUUCCCAUGCAAUAAAGAAAGAAACAGAAG